ACACCACUAUCAUGAAUACCGAAUUACCUAUGUCGCAGCGUCGUCAUAAAUCCAAUCCUUCGCCUUCGGUAAUCCUCCCCGACGACCUUGUCGUCGAAAUCUUAUGCUUCCUUAAAGUGAAACCUUUGAUGAAGAUGAAGUGCGUGUGUAAAUCAUGGAAUAUUCUUAUCUCCGAUCCUAAAUUCGUUAAAAUGCACCUUAAUCAAUCUUCACGCAACUCACACUCCUAUGUUGUCUCUUCUAAGGAUUCCAAACAGGAUGAUGAUUACAGUUUCAUACCCUUCAACGUUAAUGAUUUGUUGGAAAACAGUUCAAUCACCUUCCCCGAUGAUCCUUACUAUCGAUUGAUCGAUAAGGACUGUCAUCAAGUUGUUGGUUCCUGUAAUGGAUUGGUCUGCUUGCUAGGUUAUUCUCUUGCCGAGUAUGGGCAUAAAGAGACCUGCUUUCGUUUAUGGAACCCUGCCACCAGGACAAUAUCUGAUAAAUUAGGGUAUUUUCCUGAAGACAUGAAUAGAUUGAAAUUUUGGAAGUUUAUAUUUGGUUACGACAAUUUAACCGACGCUUAUAAGGUUGUGGCUUUACAUCCGGGCAAUAGCUUGACAACGGUGGUACAAGUUUUUAGUUUUGGGAAUAAUGUUUGGAGAAACAUUCAAAGUUUUACCGCUAGGCCUUUUCAGUUGGUAUUUUCUACUAACAAAGAGUUUAUUGGUGUACAGUUGAAUUGCACUGUUAAUUGGUUGGCCGUUGGCGUUGCUUCUAUGUUUGUGAUUAUUUCGCUUGAUCUAGGAACUGAGACACACGCACAAUUGUUGGUUCCUUCAGGUACUGAGGAAAUGUCAAGUGUAUUUCCAGGUGUUUGUGUGUUGAUGGAUUCCCUUUGUUAUUAUCAUGACAUUGAGGGAACUGAUUUUGUUAUAUGGAAGAUGACAAAAUUUGGAGAUGAAAAGUCUUGGACUCAGUUCCUUAGAUUUAGCUAUCAAAUUCUUCAGAUGAACUUAAAAUGUACCCCGUAUUUCAAUCUUUAUGAGAACGGUGAUACACUGGUAUUCACACAAGAUCUACAAGACCAAGUGAUUCUCUAUAAUUGGAGAAAUAGUACGGUAGUGAAAACUAGAGUUAACAAAAAGAUAUGUUGGUUUAAUCCCAAAAAAAAAAAAAAGAUAUGUUGGUUCUCUAUAAACAACUAUGUUGAAAGCUUGAUUCCAACUUGUUGA